AUGCUGGAAGCCGGCGAUGCCAAGAAAACGCACAUACCAAGCAAUCUCGCCAACGAGCUCGGAUGUUUGUUGUUGACGGUUGACCUCAUUUGCCGGCGCGAAACCCAUCAUCAUCCGUUGGCAGCAAAGCUUUCUCACGGGCCUUGGCAUUCCGAUGCGGCUCACCCGGCAUCAAGAUUCCAGUUUGGCAGAAAGGGGCAGAUCAAGUCUAGAUCCACAAAGGAAAAUUUCAGUCCUCGGAUGGAUACUGUUGAGGUAGUUGCAAUUGGGCCAAAAUUUCAAAGUGAACUCACAAGAACUGGAGCAAUCCCUACAAUUCGGAUCCUGGCAACCCCCCCCCCACAAUUUAUAGGCUUCGAUACACGAAUACGUGGUACAUUCAGAGCCCCCCAACGUUUGCUCUUCACAAUGGUCUCUGUGACGCGAUCUCAGACGGGUAAAACACCAAAAAAACCAGCGCACCCGGGUUUUGUAGAAACGCCACCUGUUCGAAUAUCUCGACGCUCUAAAUCUGUAGCGCGAACACCAAGCCCUGAAGCUUCGGUGAAAAUAGAGCCUACCGAGGAAAAGAUGGUUGAAUCUGGCCUUAAAGAGCGGAAGCCAGCAGCUACCAAUGGUAACACUAAGGUAACCAAUGGUAAGCCAAAAAACACGGAUCAUAGGGUCGAUAACAGCGGUGAAUUCGAGUUCGGGGGCUCACUUGGGACUGGAUUCGUGAUGGUCUUUUUCCCUAUACUCAUGUGGUAUCUGUGGGUUGGUCAAGUAUACUAUGACGCUCAAUUACCGCUGCCCAAGACUGGCCAGCCAAUUUCAGAGUUUUUGGAAAGUCUCUACAGCAUGGCUCGCGAGAGCGCAAUGCCCACUCUCAAAACCUGGACAAUCUACUGGGGCUUCCUUGCAUACCAAAGUGUUCUUUAUAUCACUCUCCCCGGUGUAUGGACCAAGGGGAACCCAAUCGCUCAUCGUAACAAUCUCCGCUUGGAUUACUACUGCAACGCUGUAUGGUCGUUCUACACAACUCUGGCCACGAUGGCCAUACUUCACGUGACCGGCAUUUUCCCGAUCACCACUCUAAUUGAUGAAUUCGGAUCCCUUAUGAGCGUUGGAAUCUUUUCAGGAAUUGGCGUUAGCUUUAUUGCCUACUUCAGCGCUAUUGCUAGGGGAGCUCAGCACAAAUUGACUGGUAGCUUUGUUUACGACUUCUUCAUGGGCGCUGAGCUGCAUCCCCGUAUCUUUGGCAUAAUGGAUUUGAAGAUGUUCUUCGAAGUCCGUUUGCCUUGGUUUAUUCUAUUCCUCACUACCUCCGCUGCGGCCGUGAAGCAGUAUGAGACUUACGGGUACCUUACGCCCCAGCUUGCCUUCUUUGUUUUGGCGCAUUGGUUGUAUGCCAACGCAUGCUGCAAGGGCGAAGAGCUUAUUGUCACAACAUUCGAUAUGUCUCAUGAGAAGUGGGGUUAUAUGCUUAUCUUCUGGAACAUGGCCGGUGUACCGAUGACAUAUUGCCAUGGGGUUAUCUAUCUUAGCCGCCAAGCCCCAGAGGUUUACCAGUGGUCGUUGGGUGCCAAUAUCUUCGUUUUCACUCUGCUUCUGACUGCAUACUACAUAUUUGAUACCUGCAACAGUCAGAAGAAUCGAUUCAGACAGAUGGAGAAGGGCACUCUUAUUGCCCGCAAAUCUUUCCCUCAACUGCCAUGGCAGACUCUCAAGAACCCGACUUACAUCAAGUGUAAGAACGGCGGAACUCUUCUUACUAGUGGGUGGUACGGAUUGGCCCGUAAAGUUCAUUACACUGCCGACUUUUGCCAAAUGUCAUCGUGGGGCCUUAUUUGCGGUUUCAACAGCCCUAUCCCAUGGUUCCUACCAUGCUUCUUCAUUACUAUGAUUCUCCACCGUGCCUGGAGGGACACUGAAAGGUGCGCUAAGAAGUAUGGUGAAGACUGGGAGGAGUACAAGCGACAAGUUCCAUACUUGUUUAUUCCUUACGUCUUUUAA